GAUAAAACGCGCCGGGACUCGGAAGCGAGGUUGAUACAUUUUCACGUCGGGGAUAAGAAUGGUUGCGGGCGCCGGGGUGUUUUUCCGACGGCUCGGAGCGCUGAGCGGGGCUGCGGCGGUCGGGGCGGCCGCCUACGGGGCUCAUGAUUUCCGUCGGAGCGACCGAGAUGACUACUUAAAAGAGCUCUACGAGACGGCCAACAAAUAUCACUUCCUUCACAGCCUGGCCCUCCUGGCUGUGCCCCAUUGCCGCUAUCCCCUGAUGGCCGGCAGCAUCCUGUCCCUGGGCAUGGGGAUGUUCUCUGGCGCCCUGUAUUACCACGCCGUGACAGGGGACCCGAUCCUGACCAAGGCGGCCCCUUAUGGUGGUUCCCUCCUCAUCCUCGGCUGGAUCGCCAUGGCCCCUUGACACCCCCAUUUCGGCCAGCCCUGCUCCUCAUUGCCCCUCUUCGGCUAGCCAGAAGGGAGCCCUAGGAGAGGAGAGACGAUAAUCUGCCAAAUGUCAGAGUGGGAUCCCUUGAGGUCUUUAGCCCGCCCCGAACGCCUCUCUCCUGCAUCUUGGAAUUCCCUGAAUGCCGAAUCCCUUGUUAAAAAGCCAAGAUCCUUUCCCCCCCAAAAAAUUGCAACCAGAUUUGAGUUUGCGAUGGAGGAAGAGGUUAGGCCUCGGCAUGCAAUGUCUGAUCAGUGCUUUUCGAUUGGUUUUUUUUUAACUUAAUAAACAAUGAGAAUGAUUUAACUUUUUAAAAAACCCACACAGCUCUUUUUUUUCUGUGAAUAAAUGUCAUGGCAAAUGGUGGCUCUAUGCUAGAUGUCACGCGUAAACUAAGAGCAGGAAACACAAAGCGUUGCGGUGCGUCUCUCCCUCCCUCCCGAGGUUGCUAGACUACAACUUCCAUCAGUCAUGACUUAGAAUCAUAGAGUUUGAAG